UUGUAGUCUACAGACGGUUUGCCGCCAACGCGGCUUUUCGUUCUCACCCUCCUCAUCAGCCUCCUCCUCAUCGUCGUCUUCUGGUUCGGCUACAAUCACCCUUUCUUGGCAUCUGGCCUUUUUGCAAAGCGUUGAGUCAGCAGGCCUGAUUAGUCAUCACCGCGUAUCCCACAAACCGCAAAAUCCGUCUCCCGUCCAGCUUGGCUCCUCACCAAAGACGAGUUCAACAGGUCGACCAUGGCGCAGAAGUUUGGCAAGUACUAUCCCGCGGAGGACGUCCGCCAGCCCAAGAAGGCGCGAAAGUCACUUCGGCCGGCGAAGCCCCGGGCCUCUCUUCAACCCGGAACUGUCCUCAUCCUUCUUGCAGGACGCUUUCGCGGUAAGCGCGUCGUCCUCCUCAAGCACCUUCCCCAGGGUGUCCUCCUCGUUACCGGCCCGUACAAGAUCAACGGCGUCCCCCUGCGAAGGGUAAACGCCCGAUAUGUCAUUGCUACGUCGACUAAGGUGGAUCUGAGCGGUGUGGAUGAGAGCGUCCUCAACAAGGCCAGCGAGGACGGCUACUUCACCAAGGACAAGGAGACCAAGAAGCCUGGCGAGGAUGCUUUCUUCAAGCAGGGCGAGAAGCCCGAGAAGGAGACCUCCAAGGACCGUGUAGAGGACCAGAAGGCCGUCGACAAGGCUCUGAUUGCUACGAUUCGCAAGGAGGCCCACCUUGCCGACUACCUCAAGUCUACCUUCAGCCUGCGCAGCUCCGACAGGCCACAUGCGAUGGUCUUUUAAACGUGGAAACGGGCAAUCGGCGUUCAAGUGCAUGGGAUGGAUGAAAGAUGACUUCGGCAUGCUGCAGCCGUAAUAGCAGAAACCACAACACUUUGGCACAGCGAGCCAUUUUCUCGUGGGAGGAUUCGGUCUGCAUUUCCUAUACAUUCUGUAACAGGCAAAGCGAAUUCGAACCGGUCCGAUCGUGAAGUCGUGGCAGAUUGCUGGCAGAUUGCUGUGAUGACAUGCAAGUUUACAGGUUCGCAAUAGACAGGU